CGUCCUCCCAUCUCGACCGCUAUGUCUGGUGGCUGUUUUGCCUAUGUUCUUCUUCCGGGCAUAUUCUCACAAGCCUUUGAGCUCUUCACUGGGGCUUCCAGGCCAGACACUGCAAGUCCUGCUACCUCUGUCCUCCUCAGUUCAUUAACCUGCCCGUGUCUGGUCCCCUCGUUGCCUCAAAAAGCCUGUACUCCUUACACUGACCUCCCAGCGCUCACGCCCUUUUUUCGUUGAUACCUCCAAUCAGCACAUCAAUCCAUUUCUUUUCUUCUGCGUUUUAUCUUCGUACAUUAUCCAAUUGCCAUCCUCAGUCCCCUAUCCCUGACGCCAUUAUCAUGGAAGUUCCCGAACCAGAGAGUCACACUGACGGCAAGCUAUCCCGACCUUACGCUUGUACCUACGCACCAUGUCACAAAUCCUUCUCGCGGCGAUCUGACCUUGUUCGCCAUGUACGGAUUCACACCAACGAACGGCCUUACAAAUGCGAGUACAAGUCUUGCGGUAAAUGUUUCAUCCAGAGAUCAGCCUUGACUGUUCACAUGCGCACCCACACGGGUGAAAGACCUCAUGUAUGUGAACAGUGUGGUAGAGCCUUCAGCGACUCCAGCUCGCUGGCGCGUCAUCGCAGGGUACAUACCGGCAAGCGGCCUUAUCGGUGUCCCUUUAUAGGCUGUGAUAAAACUUUUUGUCGUAAAACAACCUUAAUGAAGCACCACAAAAGCCAUUCAGAUGAUAGCCUCUCCUUUCACAGCGACAGUGGGUCUCCGAAAUCCACUUCCGUACUCCAAUCAACCAGCACCUCUCCAUCCUGUGUCACCUCGUUUAACCCCCAGUACGCACACACGAGUUACCUUGAUCGGGUGCCGCAAAACAUGUCGGCACCAGCAUCGUCACAGAGCUUCCCCCACCUACCUCAUCCUAGCUCAUACGCGCCCCCAUGGAGUAGUACCUCAGCUACUUUUCCUUCAGCAUCGUCAUCUCAUAGCGAAGGCAGUCUAGUCACGAGCAACUCGUAUCCAACUAGCCUGCAGUCCCACAAUUUCCUUCUACCUGUCAUUUCUCCUCAGCCGACUCCAUUGAACUGUGGCACCUUCUUCGGCCGUCAUCUCUCCCAGAGUCAACCCUUCCCUCAAAUUGACCGCAACCUCUUCAAUCAGCCUGAAUCAUACUCCACCGCCCCUCACUAUGUACCAGACACUCAACAACUGUACCGCCAGAUGCCCAAGGCUCGGGAAAGUGGAGGAUCAGAACCGCAACUUUCCAACGUAUUGGAUCACUCUUCCUUCUUUGGCUCCCUUGAUCUCAAUAACCAUAUCCUAGUGGAGCCUUUGCAAGGAAACCAGGCGGAUCUGCUAUACAAUCCUUUCCCCGAUCAACUUGUCAAUGUCAACGGAGCACUUCCCGGUAUGGAUCUCUCUAGCAACACCCAUGUGAUGGGAAACCGGCAACAAUCGUUCAGCACGAUACAACAACCAGCACCACUACCUCACUUCGCCUUUGAAGAUCCAUUGGCAGCGAGCGUCGAUGACAUCAACACCUGCUGGCAGAAACUGAACUGGAACCGAAACUGAUCACUAUCUCUGAGACCCAUUCUAGCUGAAUAGCAAAUUUUGUCUUAGGAAUCGUUUUUCUUUUUUUUAAUCUGUAUGAAUGAGUACAGCGUUCAGCACUAUUAGAACUUAUAUUGUACCCUUACAUUUUUUCCUAGUUAAAGCAACACUUAAUAGCUUGAGAUUUGAUUUACUUAUUCUGUAUCAAAUCAACCUUGGCACGCAUGAGUCCCUGCUUUAACCACGGAUACGGACUUGCAGCAUGAUAUUCCUUAGAAAAUUUCAAACAGCUCCUUGAUUCUUCCUUUCAGUCUCUCAAAGAUAGUAUCCUUGAUUUUGUGUCAGCCUUCUUUUGUUAAUUUCUCCAUCAAAUCAAGUCAAAGAAACAGUCUCGAG